UCUCCCUCUCUCGUUCUCUCCCCCCUUCUCUCUCUCUCCCUCUCUCCCCCCCUCUCUAUCUCCCCGGGACCAUGUCUAGGGCUAACAGUGUGAGCCCGCCCGGUUUCGGAGUCCACCACCCGCGAGCCGCCGAGCACCGUGCGGCGUGGGCGGAGGGAGCCAACGGCGCGGCGACCUCGGCCCAUUGCCGGGACAAGCGCUGGCGGGAGGACGGCGGACAAGGAGGCUUCGCGGCCAAGAGCUCCAGGAUGAGCGUGAGGUCCAAGCCGGCUUGGCAGCAGGAGGAGAGGAUGGGCUCUGCGGCGGCCGGGGGCAGCAGCGGCAACGUGGUGCGCCUGGACGGGGAGGUGAGACCCAGGUCGGUGGAGGUGGGACUGGAGGAGAGAGCCCACUCCAGGUUGGCCGAUGGCAACUCCUCGGCCUCGGAGGUGGACCUCUCCUUCGUGGGCUGCAGCCAGGGACUCCUGCGUAUCCUGCAGUCCAAGAAAUUCCAGUCGAGGAAGCUGGAGCGGUUGUACCAGCGCUACUUCUUUCGGCUCAACCAGAGCAGCUUGACUAUGUUGAUGGCCGUUCUCCUCCUGCUCUGCGUCGUCAUGUUGGCUUUCUACUGCGCCGCCGGCGGCAAAGAGGUGGCCUACCUUGUGAUCCUGGGCUCCUCCGUCUUCCUCAACCUGCUCCUGAUCGUCCUCUGCAACCGCAACGCCUUCCACCAGGACCACAUGUGGCUCAUCUGCUACCUUCUGGUGGUGAUCAUGUUGGCCGUGGAGAGCGUGGGGGUCAUCCAGAUGGAGCCCCGCGCCGCCUCCGAGGGCGUCUGGUGGACCGUGUUCUUCAUCUACAUCAUCUACACCUUGCUGCCCAUCCGCAUGCGAGCGGCCGUGAUCAGUGGCAUCCUCCUCUCCGCCAUCCACCUGGGCAUCUCCUGGACGAGGAACCUGGUCGAUUCCUUCCUGUGGAAGCAGUUGGUGUCCAACGUGCUGAUCUUCUCCUGCACCAACAUCGUUGGCGUCUGCACCCACUACCCGGCCGAGGUGUCGCAGCGGCAGGCCUUUCAGGAGACGAGGGAGUGCAUCCAGGCCCGGCUGCACUCGCAGAAGGAGAACCAACAGCAGGAACGCUUGCUGUUGUCCGUUCUGCCCCGCCACGUUGCCAUGGAGAUGAAGGCCGACAUUAAUGCAAAGCAGGAGGUCAUGAUGUUUCACAAGAUUUACAUACAGAAACACGACAAUGUCAGCAUCCUCUUUGCAGACAUUGAAGGAUUCACCAGCCUGGCCUCCCAGUGCAUGGCUCAAGAACUGGUCAUGACUCUCAACGAACUGUUCGCCAGAUUCGACAAGCUUGCAGCAGAGAACCAUUGCCUGCGGAUCAAGAUCCUGGGUGACUGCUACUACUGUGUGUCGGGCCUACCUGAGGCUCGAGCAGACCACGCCCACUGCUGCGUCGAGAUGGGUGUGGAUAUGAUUGAGGCCAUCUCGCUGGUGCGAGAGGUGACGGGAGUGAAUGUCAACAUGCGGGUGGGCAUUCACAGCGGACGGGUGCACUGCGGCGUUCUGGGCCUCCGCAAGUGGCAGUUUGACGUCUGGUCGAACGACGUCACCCUGGCCAACCACAUGGAAGCCGGCGGCAAGGCAGGUCGGAUCCACAUCACCAAAGCCACGCUCAACUACCUGAAUGGGGAUUACGAGGUGGAGGCAGGUUUCGGAGGUGACAGGAACACUUACCUGAAGGACCACAACAUCGAGACCUACCUUAUCAUGGGCUGCAGUCAGAAACGGAAGGAAGAGAAAGCGAUGAUCGCCAAACUGAACCGAACGCGUUCCAACUCGAUCUCCAACCUCGGCUCACCCUGGAACGUUGAGCGGCAUUUCUACAACCACAUCUCCAAAGAGAUGAAGACCAUGGGCAUUGUGGAUUACAUGGCCAAGGACAAAUACUGCAUGACCUGCAGAAACAUCCAAGAAAACAUGAACCCGGAGGAGGAGGUGGACGAGUUUCUGGGGCGAGCCAUCGAUGCCAGAAGCAUUGACCGCCUGCGCUCCGAGCACGUGCGCAAGUUCCUGUUGACCUUCCGCAAACCGGAGCUGGAAAAGAAGUAUUCCAAGGAGGUGGAUGACAGAUUUGGCGCCUACGUUGCCUGUUCCUGCUUGGUUUUCCUCUUCAUCUGCUCCAUUCAGAUCAUCAUUAUGCCCCACUCGGUGUUGAUGUUGACCUUCUACUUGACCUGCUUGGUCAUUCUGGCCGGAGUCCUCUUCGUGUCCACCAUCUACUGCUGCUUCAAGGUCUUCCCCGUCCCACUCCAGCUCCUGUCGAAGAAGAUUGUCCAGUCCAAGAUGAACAGCACCAUUGUCGGGGUCUUCAUCAUCUCACUGGUCUUCCUCUCUUCCUUUGUCAACAUGUUUGUCUGCAACACCCAGGACCUGCAGAUCUGUUUGGCCAAAGAGUUCAACACCACCCCCACAAACGUCAACCCUUGUGACAUCCUCACUUACUUCACAAACGAUAGUCUGGACUUGGAAACGCCGUUUUGCGGAGAACAUCCCAGCUGUAACUUCCCGGAGUACUUCACCUACUGCGUGCUGUUGAGCUUGCUGGCUUGUGCAGUGUUUCUGCAGAUCAGCAGUAUUGGAAAGCUGUUCCUCAUGUUGACCAUCGAGCUGAUCUACGUCAUGAUGCUGGAGGUGCCGGGAGUAACCCUCUUUGACAAUGCUGACCUCCUGAUGAUCGCCAACAGUCUGGUGACCCCGAACGGAACAUGGGCUUGCAGUUCUCCGGAAUUGACCAAAGUGCCUCUGAAGAUCAUGACCCCGGUUAUAAUUGCCGUGUUUGUCCUGGCUCUUUAUCUUCAUGCACAACAGGUGGAGUCUACAGCCAGGCUAGACUUCUUGUGGAAGCUACAGGCCACCGAAGAGAAGGAAGAAAUGGAGGAACUGCAAGCGUACAACAGACGGCUGCUACACAACAUCCUGCCCAAAGACGUGGCCGCCCACUUCCUGGCACGGGAGCGGCGCAACGACGAGCUGUACUACCAGAGCUGCGAGUGUGUGGCCGUCAUGUUCGCCUCCAUCAGCAACUUCUCCGAGUUCUACGUCGAACUGGAGGCCAACAACGAGGGAGUCGAGUGUCUCCGGCUCCUCAAUGAGAUAAUCGCUGACUUUGACGAGAUCAUCAGCGAAGACCAGUUUCGUCAACUGGAGAAGAUUAAGACCAUAGGCAGCACCUACAUGGCAGCGUCAGGUCUGAACGACUCCACCUAUGACAAAGUUGGCAAGACGCACAUCAAGGCCUUGGCUGAUUAUGCCAUGAAGCUGAUGGACCAGAUGAAAUACAUCAAUGAACAUUCGUUCAAUAACUUCCAGAUGAAAAUAGGACUCAACAUUGGGCCUGUUGUUGCGGGAGUGAUCGGUGCCCGCAAGCCACAGUACGAUAUCUGGGGGAACACAGUCAACGUAGCAAGUCGGAUGGACAGCACAGGAGUGCCGAACAGAAUCCAGGUGACUACGGAUAUGUACCAAGUCCUGUCAGCUGAAAGCUAUCACUUGGAGUACCGGGGACUGGUCAAGGUGAAGGGCAAAGGCGAGAUGUCCACGUAUUUCUUGAACGAGGGGCCGGACGGCAGUUAGCAAGAACAAGCGUAGUCACAAAGGACUAUGGUCAUCAAACGCUCGGAAAUCCUUUGCCAUUUUUGUGAUAAUGAGGGAUGGACUGAGGAUCUGUACCGUUAACACAACGGCUGAGUGAUGAUAUCGACCACCCCACCCCACCACCCCCCGCCCCCCAUCACCUCCCCCAUACCUUUCCCCAAUGGAACAGGCGGAGAGCUUCUUGAACACUACCCUCUCACACCCUCCCUUUUCCACGCCCCCCACCCAACACGGACACACAAAGUUAGCGAGAGCAAUUGUGGAGCAGGUAGAGACCAUUCGGCCCCGGAAACCUGUCCUAAAGUGAGUUGACUUCUGAUCGGUAUCAUAACUCUCACCGCCCCCACUUGAUUCCACAUGCCCAAGGCACCAACAUUAUGAUGCCUCUAUAGCAGGGAACCCUACAGCAGAAGUACUCUUCCCCCUGGCACACAAGCUAAGAAAGAACGCAGAAUACUUAGCCUUCUAGUGACUCGAUGUGGCAGGAACAGCACAUAAACGGAGACACAUGCAUCUACAGUCACACACACGUGCGCAUGCACACAUAUGUAAAGUUAUACCCACACAUGGCUGCACAGACACGCACACAAGACACGGACACGCACACACAAAUGGAGAAAUACCUAUACAAAAAUACAAAUAAUUCCCUCUUAAGACAUAGGCACCAAUGGCAGAGCCAGUCUUUAGUGCUCAGGCCCUCUCCCCUAUUGCCGUCUGGCAGGAGAUAGCUAAGCUGCCUACUUGAACCGUCGCCUGUGAAAAGAAGGUGCUCCCACAUUGAUGCCGACUGAAUUUCCAGGAUUUGGAUCCAGCAUGGAUGACAAAACAAUAUUUCAGUUCAGGAUGAAUUGUGACAUGGAGUGGGACAUAGGUGGACAUUUCAAUGCCCUACUUCAGCUUGGCUGGAGAAACUGUGGGUCUUGGGAGGUACAAUUGGAGUAACGAGCAAAUGAUCCUGCUUUUUCGAUGGUAUGUAAUGCAAACACUGUGAACCAGUGGUGGGGGGAAAUGACUGUUCAGGGUGAUGGAUUGGGUGGCAAUUACUUCGAACUGGAUGGUAUUGUGUUUCUUAAGAGUUGUUGGCAUUGCGUUUAUCCAGGCGAAAAUGGAGAGUAUUCCAUCACACUCCUGACAUGUGCUUUGUAGAUGUGGAAUGGCUUUGGGGCGUUAGGAGGUGAGUUACAUACCACAGGGGAUUGAGCCUCUGGCCAGUCCUGGUAGCCACAGGAUUCAUGUGGCUGGUCUACUUAAGUUUUGUUCAGUGCUAAUUCUUGGGUUAUUGAUGGUGAGGGGGAACUUGACAAUGACGGUCCCGUUAACUUUCAGUGGUUGGUGAUUAGAUUCUCAUGCCCAUUCUCAUGGGAGAUGUGGUACGGUUAGUUGACAAUGAUCAGCCCAUGCCUGAACGCUGUCUAGGUCUCAGUUCAUAUGGUUAUGAAUCGUUUUAAUGCAUGAACAGUGUGAAUGAAACUGCACAUUGUGCAAUCAUCAAAUAACCCUCUUUCUGACCUUAUGAUGGAAGGAAGGCUGAAGAUGGAGUAGAUAUGUGAAGAUGGCUGGGGCAAAUGCACCUCACCAAGGAACGCCUACAGAUGAUGUACUGGACCUAGGAUGAAUUGGUCGAAAACAACCAAUAACAUCUUCCGCUGUAUGACUUCAAUCAUUGGAGUGUUUUCCUCUUAAUUUUCAUUGACUUUGGUUUUACCAGGGUGCCUUGAUGCUACACAGUCAAAAGCUCUUUUGUCCAUAUUAAGAUAAAAUAUCUGAUAAAUAGAAUACAUGGUGGAACCCAAACUGGACAUUAGUUGGCAGAUUAUUAGUAACUACUGCUUAAUAGUCUGUUGAUGACACCUUGUAUCAUUGUGCUAAUGACCAAGAAUAAACGAACGGCACAGGGAUUUUCCAGAUUGUUUUGGUCCUGAUUUGAUUUAGAGCCAAUUUUUCACUUUGAUGCGAAGUUAUCCACAUUUAGUUGUGCUGGAGAUGGAACUGAUUCUGGGACCCAGUCUUUCAGCUCUACAGCCAUGAUAUUCGUUGGUGCCAUACACUUGGUGUUCAGAGUCAUUUGUUGGUCUCAUGUGGAGUGAGUCAGAUUGGUCACAGAUUGGUUUCAGUGCCACGCACCCACAUAAACACGCAUACGCACGCACACAAACACAGAUAUGGCCCAGCCUGUACCACUGUGACAUUACGAGACAUUUGUCCAGUCAACAUAAACCCAGGUCUCACCCUAUGUGGGUGAAGCCAGUCUACUUGCCGGCAGUUAACUCCACUUGUUCAACCGACCAUUGCUGCACUUUCGGUAGCCCAGACAAUGGAGGUCAGAGACUGUUCUAUCCAUCAGGUUGAUCAGGAAACCUUCCUUCUGGAGUAGACACGGAUAGGGGUUUGGGUGGCGGGGUGUUGGUGGGGGAGAAUGAAACACUUUCAAAUCUACCACUUUUUUAAAGAGAAUUUGUAAUAUUACUGCGAGUUUAGCAGAGAACUAGAAUUCUAUAUUUUGUAAAGGUAACAGCGGAUGCUGCGUACACCAGUGUAUAUUAUUCUGAUGUAUUAAUGCCAUUACAAACACCAACUACAGCACCCUCUCUGUGUAAUACACUCUGUCUCUCUUCCUGCUACGCAUUCAUCUUGAUUUGCAAUAAGGCUUUGUUGCAUGCAGAAUCGAAUUAUUCCCCCCCCCCCCCCUCUCCUCUGCCAUUCGCACUACCGCCCCACACCCCAUCCUCUUGGCUUCGCACGACCCCCCCUCCCUCUCUCCUUUUACCCCCCUCCCAUAUUCUUCCCUACGUUCUUGAAACAAUAUCUGGUUCCAUGGGCCGAUGAACUGCAGCAUUGCGAGCACAAAAUGAGCAGCCCACAAGCAGGGAUCGGCUACAUUUGGCCAACAGAGAGUGUCAGUUAUGGGUCUGUGACAGCUGGAAUGUAAUUGGUAAGAUAAACUUCAGUGAUUUAUAAGAGGGAAAUGCACUUUUUUAAAAUCCACAUCUUGCAGACAUUAUGGUAAUUUCCCAUGGAAAUUGAAAUGUGUUCAAUAAUUUAUUAUAAACUGUAUUAAACAAAAUAUUGCUUCACU